AUGACAUUGCCUUCAAAGGAUGAUUCACUACUUAUUGUUGGCGCUGGGGUUUUUGGCCUCAGCCUCGCUUACGAACUUACAGCGGUAAGAGGCUAUACCAGAGUUACCGUCUUGGAUCGCCACAUGCCGCCUGUUCCCGACGGCAGCAGCAACGAUCUGUCUCGCGUGGUGCGUGCCGAGUACACGGACCCACUGUACUCACAACUUGCCAUUGAGGCCAUUACGGAAUGGCGUACAACAGAAUGGCGCGAUCACUACCAUGAAAGCGGCUAUGUCAUGAUCAUCCCCAAUGCUGAUAGCGAAUGGGUCACCAAGUACCGUGCUCUGAGAGAGAAACAAGCGGUGCAACAGCCAAUGAAUAUCUUUGCGCCUGAUGCAUCAGAGUCUGCGAUCAAGCGCAUGUACCCAUGCAUCACGACUGACCUGAAUGGUAUCACGACGCUUCAGAAUGAUCAUGCAGGUUGGGCACAUGCUCAUGGUGCCAUCCGGGCCUUAGCGAACCGCUGCACCCUGGCUGGCGUGUCUUUUGUGACCGGUCCCCGCGGAACUGUUACCUCUUUGGAGACCUCUGGUAAACAAGUCCUUGGAGUCCGCACUGCUACUGGCAGCAUCAUGAAGGCCAAGACUGUUGUUUUGGCCACUGGAGCUUGGACGAAUCGUCUAGUAUCCGACAUGAGACAGAACAUCCUUGGAGUCAGCCAGCCUCUCGCCUAUAUUCAGCUCUCUCCCAAAGAGGCCCAGUCCUUAGAGAAGAUGCCUGUCAUGGUGAACACGGCUACCGGUCUGUACUGCUUCCCUCCAGAUCCGGUGAGCCAUCAACUGAAAGUGGCUCGGCAUGGAUAUGGAUAUUCGAAUCAGGUCAAACUAGAAGAUGGAAGAGAGAUAUCUAGCCCCAGGUUGAUGGGGAAUAACGCCGCCGUGCAGGAUUUUCUGCCAGCAGACGCAGACCGAGAUCUUCGAGAGGGAGCCAAGGCAUUCUGGCCGCAGUUUGGCAAUCGUCCCUGGGCAAAGACCAGAAUGUGCUGGUAUACCGAUACACCAAAGAGUGAUUUCAUGGUUGACUAUCACCCAGACAUGAAUGGACUCUUCUUUGCUACCGGAGGGUCAGGACAUGGUUUUAAGUUUCUACCUGUUAUUGGAAAACAUAUUGCGGACGUUUUUGAGGACAAGGCAGGGCCUCUGUUUCGCGAAAGGUGGGCUGUUCGCCGCCCUACCGAUGCUGAUUCUGAGCCAGAAAUGGAGGGAGAUGGAACACGACUUGGGCCUCGGUUACGACAGCUUUCAAAGGCUGAGCAGGCAAAGUUGUAG